AUGAAUACUCUGCUCUGGAACGUCCAAGGGCUGGGGAACCCUUGGACGAUUCGUUCCUUAAACUCCCUGGUGAUUCGUCACACUCCUCAAUUGGUUUUCAUUAUGGAAUCGAAACUUAACAAUGUUAGCGCGGAAGCUUUGCAUGUCAAAUUGGGCUUUGGUGGGUGCUUUGUGGUUGAAGCCAGAGGUAAGAGUGGGUGUCUUCUUUUGUUGUGGUCCGAGAAAGUUGAAACCCAUGUUCUUUCUUUCUCCCCUUUCCACAUAGAUUCUUUCAUUAGAAUGGAGGAAGGGCAGUGGUGGAGAUUUACUAGUUUCUAUGGAGAUCCAGAUCCAAGUCAACGUACUCAAUCUUGGAAGCUGUUGAACAGGAUUUGCCGUAUGUACUCGGGGCCGUGGGCAGUGGGUGGAGACUUUAAUGAAAUCCUGAGUCAAAAAGAAAAAAUGGGAGGUCCUCCCAAACCGGGAUACCUUAUUAAAAACUUCAGAAAGGCUCUGGACGCAUGUAAACUUCGGGAGAUUGCGUUUGAAGGUAGUGAUUACACUUGGUGCAAUGGGAGGAAGAAUAAUCUCAUUUUUGAAAGACUUGAUCGAGUUUGUGGUAACUCGGAUUGGUUUGACAUGUUUCCCUUUGCUCAAGUGCGUCAUUUAGAGAGAACCAACUCGGACCAUUGUCCCCUUCUUCUCACAGAAAGUGACUCUUCUCCUAUGACCACGAAUAAGACUAGAUGGCGAACCCGAUUUCACUUUGAAAGUGCUUGGGCAGAUGAUGAAGACUAG